CCGCACCGGUUGCAUCGUGAAAAGUUGUUGCGGUUGGCAUCUUCCAUCCGAAAAAUUCGGCGUGAUUCCUCCAUCGAAACAGCAUCCUCGGAACAAUAAGAAUAUUCUCCUCUUCAAGGAUUUUGUGUGUGAUUGUGAUGUGAACCAAAAAAUAAUAAUAAUAAGAAGAAUAAGUAUCUAAUAAAAGCAUUUCGAAUCCAAUUUUCAGAUUAAAAGUCUUGAUUUGUACUGAAUAAUUGACGGGGGCUAAUAUAAAUUUCGUGAUAAUAAUGUUGUGUUUUAAAAUGUUUUUAUCGGGCUAAAACGUUUUAAUUAUACACUGUUAUUAUGGGUGUUUCCGGUAACUGUUGUGAUUAAUAGCCAGGGGGCCAAUGCCGCUUGGGUCGCUAAGCAAAACCGCCAAAGAAAAAUUUCAAACUGCCUUUAUUGGUAAUGUAAUGUGAAUUUAAUUACGUGUUAACAGUGAACAAGUGAAAUGAGUGUAAGAAGUGCGUAAAUCAAAAGAAUAAAACCCUCAAAAUAAUUCCGUGAUUUAGCCUUAAGGAUACAAAAAAAAACAAAAGGGAUAAUGAAUGAAUAACGAGAGAUAUUUGAUCUUUAUACAAAACCAUACAACCCCACAAUUAGUCAACUAAUCAAAGACAAUCGUUCCAUGUCAGGACCUCGCUCGGCUCUAUAAACUGCUGCAUUCAUACGUAAAUCUUUUGUCCGCCUUGGACCACUGUGGUGUGUUGUGGUGUGGAGGUGGAGGCAGUAACAGUGGAUGACAAUCGCAAACAAAUGAAAUUGAAUCUUUUACUAUUUCUGUUCGGUUUAUUCCCGCCUUUCUUUGUGUCGAAACAACAACUCCAACAAAAGUCCUUUAUGGUUUCGUAAUCCUAUUCGUAGGUAGUGUUGCCUUUAUUUGUGUUUUUGUUUACAUUUCGUGAGAGUGUGUUAAAUUUGUGUGUCUCAGUGAGUGUGCCUCUAUUUUGCUGGCGCAUCGAGCAAACGAUAUCUAAAUGAGUGAACGACACUCGUCCAAUUUAAAAUGUCGGACGUUGAACAGAUUUCCGGCAAAAAUGAAAUCAAAAUCGCGACUGGCCCUAACAAAACAUCGGUGAAGCUUCAUUCGUUGCCAAUACAACACCAUCAUCACCCACAUGCCCAAAAACAUCCCCAUCACUCCCAUCCGCACUCCAUCCAUCCAAGCCAUCAAGAACACUAUCUGAAGCCGACUCCACAACAUCAACAUCAACAGCAACAGCAACACCACCAGCAACAAGAGCAAUAUCGUGAGAAAAAUCAACAUCAACAACUCUCAUCUACUUUGACAAUAGAAGAAGGAACCGGGUCUAUCGACCAAACCGAAAUAGGACACUCGCCAACUCGGGGACUCGGUUGCUUUAGUAAAGUAUUGAAGGUGUUGUUUUCGACACCGGGUCUAGUGGUGCUCGUUGUUGUUUACUCAGUGAUGGGUGCUUUAAUUUUCCCACUGCUCGAGGCGCCACAGGAUAUUAUGAAGAAUGUGGCCAUCGCCAAGAGUCGGGAGGAUUGUUUGAAAGAGCUCUGGAUAAUAACAGAAAAGUUAAACGUCCUGUACGAACAGAACUGGACGAUGUUGGUGCACGAACAGCUACGACGCUUCGAGGGAUCAAUUGUGGCAGCAACACGAAAUGGCGGAAUGGUGGGUGUAGUUUCUCCAGCUUCAUCGUCGACGACGGCAGCGGCGGCCGUGACUACCACUGGAUUCGAAUCGGACAAAGGACGAUGGUCUUUCAGUGAAGCCCUACUUUAUUCUGUGACUGUGAUAACAACAAUAGGCCAUGGUAACCUGACACCAAAAUCUUCCGCCGGAAAAAUCGCCACCAUCCUGUAUGCCUUAAUUGGAGUUCCUUUGAUGUUGAUGUGUUUAUCGAGCCUCGGCGGCCUGUUAGCUGAGGCCCUGCAAUGUACAUACACGAGGAUAUGUUGCCGCUUGCAAAAGGUCCGGCAACAACAUAAGCAGCACCAACAAAAGAAUAGAGGGACCGCAGCUCAGAAUGGUUUGAGAAGAAAAAGUUCAGAAUCCAUGGGCUCGAGUUCCUGUCAUGGACAAUCGAAUGAGAUGGAUUGUAAAUCUUGUAAAUAUGAUCCAGUAAUCGAGGAGACAAGUAUGCAAAAUAGCUAUAAAUAUACUUCUUCAUCGGAACGAGAAGAUUCAUGCCAGCUCCUGCACAACUCGCCAACCCCCAACAGCUCACCGUGUAUUCAAUUGAAAUCACAACCAAUGCCUCCACCCAACCUCAAGCAAUAUCACCAACAGCAUCUGGUCAUGGCUCAGCAACAGCAACAACAACAACAACAGCAGCAGCUGCUGCACCAUCAUCAGAUGACACCCUCCCCCCAACACCAGAGCUACCAGAUGUCACCUACUCGAAUGGCCAACAACACCACCACCAAGUAUCACCAGCAAGUCAUGGUGCCAAACAAUGUACAUGCUCAGCACCAGCAUCUUGUUGAACAAAAUGGCUGUACGGAAAUAACCGGAACAGCGACCAUUUACUUUCCGAUUCAAACGACAGCCCCGCCGGGGAGCCACCAUGUUAGCAUGCCUGUGGCGGCGGCAGCAGCAGCAGUUCAUUACAAUCACCAGCCUCUUGUCAAAUAUCACACAAUUCAAUUACAGCAUAAGAAAGCAAUGGUCGGCGGAACGGCGGCGGCGGCGUCGGCAGCGAUGGCGGCAACUACAACGGGCACCACGACGAUAGCGGGGCCGACAAUUUUCGAACAACAACUGCCAGGACACAUCACAGUCGGGACAGGAAUGACAACAUUGACACUGCCACCACCGCCUCAUUAUCAGACAGCCACCGUACAUGGCAUUCGACGAGCGAAAUUUCUUGCGAAACCGAUGCCGCAGGAGAUCAAUACUUUGCUGGCUGAAAGUGAUAUCUCGUGCCACCAUGAGGGCUCCGCGAACCAACAGAGCAGCCGGGCGGGCAGCGAUAGUGGGAACUCUUCUUCUACACCCGGAAGCGUCGACAUCAUGGAAGACGAGGAGGAGAAUGAACACAGCCGGAUGGGAUGUCCCCAUGGAACCCCAUCACGAGUGCCACUUAUUCCAUCAUCCCCCGGAGCCGGAGGUAGAAAAAAUUAUUUAGGCCAAGAUAGCAGCAAAACCACCCUCGAUACACGCAAGACUGCUUCGGUCAAUGUUGCCAGUGACAACAAUGGCAAUGGUCAACAACGCAGGAGAGUCCGGCUAAUGACCACAAAUAACUCAAAGGGAAGCCGUAAAAAGAGCUGCUGUUUGGACAGCAGUUGUAAUCUACAUACGGAUCCUAUGACGACAGAGGACGAAGACUACGAUGACGAAGAUGACAAUUGUAAGCAAGACGACGACGACGAUGACAAUGAUGACGAUGAGGAUGGAAUCCCACAAGUGCCAAUCACUAUUGUACUAUUGAUCCUGGUAGCCUAUAUCUGCAUUGGCACUGUGAUCUUUGCAUUGUGGGAGAAUUGGAGCCUCAUCGAUGGAGCGUACUUUUGCUUUGUCACCCUUUCGACCAUUGGCUAUGGGGACUUUAUGCCUGAGCACACAUUCCGAGGGCCAAAUGUUCAGUUGUUUGCUUGCUGUGCGUAUUUGCUACUCGGAUUGGUCCUUGUAGCGAUGUCUUUUAGCAUUUUGGAGACGCAACUAAUGUGGAAAUGCAAACGUAUUGCGGUGAGAUUGAAGUUAGCCCGCAACGACUGAUGGUUGCACAUAGUGGUUCAAUAUUUAUAAAGUGACAAACGGCACGAGGUAUAGAAAUGAAAAUUUUAUUAUUACUGUAAAUAUGGUUAUACAUAUUAUGAGCUCUAAACUAAGGACUGCGUAUUCCGUUUUUCUGGUUUUAUUUAUUGAAUUUGUAAAAAAAAUAUAGAUUAAAAUAAUUUAUAACAAACGACACAAUGGGGAUAUAAUGGUUUUUAAUUAACGAGUGUAAUUUAAAAAAAGAUGUCAUUUACUCUAAUCUACUUAUAGGCUAAUAUUAUUAAUGUAAAAAUAUAAGAAACAAAAAAUUAAAUCAACUACAUGUUAAGGUAAUGCGAUAAUAAAUCAAACCGAUUUUUCAU